GGAGGUGCUGAAGGCAGGGAGGAAGCAGAGGGACGCGGACAUCUUCGCUCCCCUAAUUUCCUCCCUGCCUUCUGCAGCCAUUUUGCACCAGCAGAGCUAAAGGAGGUGUAAGAGGGCAGGGAGGGGGGCGGACAGUAAAGGAUGGAGGGGAGAGGGUGAAGAGCUGCGGAGAGCAGAGGCAGCUACGGGAGAUCCCAGCUGGUAUCUCUGCUAAGACUGGCUCACAGCGGCAGCUGUCAUCAGCAACAUGGUGAAAAGGAAAAGCUCAGAGGGCCAGGAGCAGGAGAGCGGCCGUGGCAUCCCUCUGCCCAUCCAGACCUUCCUGUGGAGGCAGAGCAGUGCGUUUUUAAGACCUAAAUUGGGGAAACAGUACGAAGCUUCCUGUGUGUCUUUUGAAAGAGUUUUAGUAGAAAACAAGCUGCAUGGCCUUUCUCCAGCUCUCUCCGAAGCCAUCCAGAGCAUUUCUCGCUGGGAACUAGUCCAAGCUGCGCUCCCACAUGUGCUGCACUGCACUGCAACAUUGCUCUCCAACCGAAACAAGCUAGGACAUCAGGAUAAGCUUGGAGUAGCUGAGACAAAGCUUCUUCACACUCUUCACUGGAUGCUGCUAGAGGCCCCUCAGGACUGCAGCAAUGACCGGUUUGGAGGAGACAGAGGUUCCAGCUGGGGAGGAAGCAGUAGUGCCUUUAUCCACCAGAUUGAAAACCAAGGAUCACCAGGACAUCCCCAGCACAGCACCACGAAUGAUGAGGAGGAGAAUAACAGAAGGAGGUUCUUCCAGAACUCCAUGGCCACAGUGGAGCUCUUUGUGUUUCUCUUUGCUCCUCUUGUCCACAGAAUUAAAGAAUCUGACUUGACAUUUCGGUUGGCUAGCGGCCUCGUUAUUUGGCAGCCUAUGUGGGAACACAGGCAGCCUGAAGUUUCUGCCUUCAACGCCCUGGUUAAACCAAUCAGGAACAUCAUUACAGCUAAGAGAAGUUCUCCUACCAACAAUCAGAGUGUGACUUGUGAAUCCCCGAAUCUGGACAUUGGACAUAUGGAGGGACUGCAAGUGGUCUGCGAGACAAGCCAGCCAGAUUCUGUACCUCCAAAGGCUACUGUUUCAGCAUGUCAUCGUGGAAAUUCCUUGGAUGGAAGUGUAUCCUCCCAAACCUCUCAGGAGAGAGGUGCCCCACAUCCCAGGGUGUCUGUGGUUAUCCCACCAUGCCAGAAGUCUCGCUAUGCCACGUACUUUGAUGUGGCAGUGCUGCGCUGCCUGCUGCAGCCGCAUUGGUCUGAGGAGGGCACACAGUGGUCACUAAUGUACUACCUGCAGAGGCUGAGGCAUAUGCUACAGGAAAAGCCGGAGAAACCACCUGAGCCAGAGAUCACUCCCUUGCCAAGACCUCGCAGCAGCUCCAUGGUGGCUGCCGCACCCUCUCUGGUGAAUACCCACAAAACUCAGGAUCUUACAAUGAAAUGUAACGAGGAGGAAAAAUCACUAAGCACUGAGGCAUUUUCUAAGGUUUCACUGACCAACUUGCGUAGGCCAGCAGUUCCAGAUCUCUCCACAGACCUGGGAAUGAACAUCUUCAAAAAGUUUAAGAGCCGCAAAGAAGAUAGAGAGCGUGAGCGCAAAGGAUCAAUUCCUUUCCACCAUACGGGGAAGAAGCGGCAACGAAGGAUGGGGGUGCCCUUCCUCCUCCAUGAGGAUCAUCUAGACGUCUCACCCACUCGCAGCACCUUCUCCUUUGGCAGUUUCUCUGGAAUCGGAGAGGACCGGCGUGGCAUUGAGAGGGGAGGAUGGCAAACCACUCUAUUAGGAAAGUUUGCCAGACGGGGGAGCUCUGACACAGCAACGGAGAUGGAAAGCCUCAGCGCUAGGCAUUCACACUCUCACCACACCCUGGUCACUGAUCUGCCAGACCACUCAAACAGCCAUGGAGAGAACACAGUCAAAGAAGUGCGAUCCCAGAUCUCCACCAUCACUGUGGCCACCUUCAACACUACCCUGGCCUCAUUCAAUGUGGGGUACGCCGAUUUCUUCAGUGAGCACAUGAGGAAACUUUGCAACCAGGUGCCCAUCCCUGAGAUGCCGCAUGAGCCACUCGCAUGUGCCAACCUCCCACGGAGCCUGACAGACUCCUGCAUCAAUUACAGUUGCUUGGAGGAUACGGAUCACAUUGAUGGAACCAACAACUUUGUCCACAAGAACGGCAUGCUGGAUCUCUCGGUGGUCCUGAAGGCUGUUUAUUUGGUCCUGAACCAUGAUAUCAGCUCCCGGAUCUGCGAUGUGGCACUGAACAUUGUUGAGUGCUUGCUUCAGCUUGGUGUGGUGCCCUGUGUAGAGAAAGUCCGGAGGAAGAGCGAGAACAAAGAAAAUGAAGCCCCUGAAAAACGACCAAGUGAAGGAUCCUUCCAGCUCAAAGUGGCUGCUUCUGGAGGUUCGGCUUGUGGAUUUGGGGCUCCCCAAGUCAGCGGAGCUGGAGAUGGAGGAGAAGAAGGAGGUGGUGGAAGUGGUGGAGGGGGAGGAGGUGGAAGCGAUGGAGGUGGUGGUGGAGGAGGAGGGCCCUAUGAGAAGAAUGACAAAAACCAAGAAAAGGAUGAAGGCACAUCUAUCAGCACGCACAGGCUGGCACUCACAAUGCUGAUCAAAAUUGUGAAGUCCCUGGGUUGUGCCUAUGGUUGUGGAGAAGGACACCGAGGGCUCUCUGGAGAUCGCCUGAGACACCAGGCUCAGAACUGCCUCACAAAGCUGUACAAACUGGAUAAGAUGCAGUUCCGGCAGACCAUGAGAGAUUAUGUGAACAGGGAUUCUCUCAAUAAUGUGGUAGAUUUCCUGCAUGCUUUGCUGGGAUUUUGCAUGGAGCCAAUCACUGACAACAAGGCUGGCUUUGGGAAUAACUUCACCACAGUGGACAACAAGUCUACAGCCCAGAAUGUAGAAGGUAUUAUUGUCAGCGCCAUGUUCAAAUCAUUGAUCACUCGCUGUGCUUCCACUACACAUGAACUGCACAGCCCAGAAAACCUGGGCUUGUACUGCGAUAUCCGACAGCUGGUCCAGUUUAUCAAGGAGGCUCAUGGGAACGUCUUUCGGAGAGUUGCACUUAGUGCCCUCUUGGAUAGUGCCGAAAAGUUAAUACCAGGGAAAAAAACAGAGGAAACGGAGCAAGAGUCGAAACCUUCUGGGAGCAAAAGAUCCGAGGUGGGAAGUGUCAUUAUUGACAAAGGUCAGGCAUCAGCUGCCCCUGAUGAAUGUCGUAGUUACGUCUCAAGCCGUCCAAUGCAAACUCCAGAACAUGAUGAGCAAAUUCAAGGGGCCGUUCUGGGACGCAAGGACUUUUGGCGAAAGAUGUUCAAAUCGCAGAGUGCAGCAAGUGAUACGAGUAGCCAGUCUGAGCAGGACACAUCUGAGUGCACCACUGCUCACUCUGGGACCACCACAGACCGGCGCUCCCGUUCCCGUUCCCGACGAAUCUCCCUCCGAAAGAAACUCAAACUCCCCAUAGGUAAAUGGAACUGGCUGAAGCGCUCCUCCCUCUCUGGCCUUGCUGAUGGCGUGGAAGACCUCCUAGAUAUCAGCUCUGUUGACCGCCUGUCUUUCAUCAGGCAGAGUUCCAAGGUGAAGUUUACCAGUGCGGUGAAGCUGUCCGAAGGAGGGGGGCCAGGAGGUGGCCUGGACAACGGGCGAGAUGAAGAGGAGAAUUUCUUCAAGCGUCUUGGUUGCCAUAGCUUUGAUGAUCACUUGACCUCCAACCAAGAAGGAGGAAAAUCCAAGAAUGUUGUGAACCUGGGAGCAAUCCGCCAAGGCAUGAAGCGCUUCCAGUUUCUCCUGAACUGCUGUGAACCAGGCACUAUCCCUGAUGCCUCCAUUUUGGCAGCAGCCCUAGAUCUCGAAGCUCCUGUGGUGGCAAGAGCAGCCCUGUUCCUUGAGUGUGCACGUUUUGUUCACCGCUGUAACCGUGGCAACUGGCCUGAGUGGAUGAAAGGCCACCAUGUGAAUAUUACUAAGAAAGGCCUGUCCCGUGGACGUUCUCCUAUCGUAGGCAACAAAAGGAACCAGAAGCUGCAGUGGAAUGCAGCUAAGCUGUUCUACCAAUGGGGAGAUGCAAUCGGCAUCCGUCUCAACGAGCUGUGCCAUGCGGAGAGUGAGAGCCCUGCCAACUUACUGGGCCUCAUUUAUGAUGAGGAGACCAAGAGGCGCCUGAGAAAGGAGGAUGAGGAAGAAGACUUUUUAGAUGACAGCACUGUGAAUCCUACCAAAUGUUGUUGUCCUUUUGCACUGAAAAUGGCAGCCUGUCAGCUCCUUCUGGAGAUAACCACUUUCCUCCGAGAGACCUUUCCCUAAAUGCCCAGGCCACGUACUGAGCCUCUUGUGGAUCUGGAGAGCUGCAGGCUGCGUCUGGACCCUGAGAUGGACCGGCACAGGUAUGAAAGAAAGAUCAGCUUUGCUGGGGUUCUGGAUGAAAAUGAAGAUUCAAAGGAUUCCCUGCAUAGCAGCAGCCACACCCUCAAAUCCGAGGCUGGCUUUGAGGAGAAAAAAGAAGGGAGCCCUUGGAGCGCAAGUGAACCUAGCAUUGAGCCCGAGGUGCUGAGCAACACAGGCACGGAGGAGAACUAUCAUCGGAACAUGUCGUGGCUGCAUGUUAUGAUCCUGUUGUGCAACCAGCAAAGUUUCAUAUGUACCCACAUCGACUACUGUCACCCCCACUGCUACCUCCAUCACAGCCGGUCCUGUGCUCGCCUUGUCCGGGCCAUCAAACUCCUGUAUGGAGACACAGUGGACUCUCUCCGAGAAAACAGCACGUUGAACAGUGUCGCAAGAGGCAAAAAGCAAAAGGAGUGCUCAGACAAGUCAUGCUUGAGAACUCCCUCUCUGAAAAAGAGAGUGAUCGAUAUCAACUUGGAAGGGAAGAAGGACUCUGGAAUGUUAAAAUACAUCAGGCAUCAGGUAAUGAGCCUCUCCCCUGCGCCUUUGUCACUGCUAAUCAAGGCAGCUCCUAUCCUCACAGAAGAGAUGUAUGGGGACAUCCAGCCCGCAGCAUGGGAACUCCUGCUCAGUGUGGAUGAACACAUGGCUGGAGCAGCAGCUGCCAUGUUCCUGCUGUGUGCUGUGAAAGUGCCGGAGGCUGUUUCUGACAUGCUGAUGUCUGAAUUUCAUCACCCAGAGACAGUGCAAAGACUGAACGCCAUUCUCAAAUUUCACACACUCUGGAGGUUUAGGUAUCAAGUUUGGCCACGGAUGGAAGAGGGAGCACAGCAGAUCUUUAAGAUCCCUCCUCCAAGUAUAAACUUCACUUUGCCUUCCCCCGUCCUGGGGAUGCCAUCUGUACCAAUGUUUGACCCCCCCUGGGUCCCUCAGUGCAGUGGGAGUGUGCAAGAUCCUAUCAACGAAGACCAGUCAAAGUCAUUUUCAGCCAGAGCAGUGUCACGUUCCCAUCAGCGAGCAGAGCACAUCCUGAAGAACCUGCAGCAGGAGGAAGAAAAGAAACGCCUGGGCCGGGAAGCCAGUCUCAUCACUGCCAUCCCUAUCACUCAGGAGGCCUGCUACGAGCCAACCUGCACACCAAGCUCAGAGCAGGAAGAAGAAGUAGAAGAAGUCGCCAACCUGGCCUCCCGCCGUCUCUCUGUGAGUCCUUCCUGCACCUCCAGUACAUCUCAUAGGAACUAUUCUUUCCGCCGUGGCUCUGUCUGGUCAGUGCGGUCAGCAGUAAGUGCAGAAGAUGAAGAACACACUACAGAGCAUACUCCAAACCAUCACGUGCCACAGCCACCUCAAGCUGUAUUUCCAGCAUGCAUCUGUGCAGCAGUGCUCCCCAUUGUCCAUUUGAUGGAAGACGGAGAAGUUCGGGAGGAUGGAGUAGCUGUAAGUGCUGUUGCUCAGCAGGUCCUGUGGAACUGCUUAAUUGAAGACCCCUCUACAGUUCUGCGCCAUUUUCUGGAGAAGCUCACGAUAAGCAACCGACAGGACGAGCUGAUGUAUAUGUUGAGGAAGCUUUUGUUGAACAUUGGAGACUUCCCUGCCCAAACGUCUCAUAUCCUCUUUAACUAUUUGGUGGGACUGAUCAUGUAUUUUGUGCGUACUCCAUGUGAAUGGGGCAUGGAUGCCAUUUCUGCCACACUAACCUUCCUCUGGGAAGUGGUGGGUUAUGUAGAAGGCCUUUUCUUCAAGGAUCUCAAACAGACUAUGAAGAAGGAACAGUGUGAAGUGAAACUGCUGGUGACUGCCUCAAUGCCAGGCACAAAGACCCUUGUUGUGCAUGGGCAAAAUGAGUGUGACAUCCCAACUCAGUUACCAGUCCACGAGGACACACAGUUUGAAGCUCUUCUGAAGGAAUGUUUGGAGUUUUUUAACAUACCUGAAACCCAGUCUUCUCAUUACUUUUUAAUGGAUAAGCGAUGGAAUCUUAUUCAUUACAACAAGACCUACGUCCGUGACAUUUAUCCCUUCCGGAGGUCAGUUUCUCCCCAGCUCAACCUGGUGCAGAUGCAUCCAGAAAAGGGUCAAGAGCUCAUUCAGAAGCAGGUGUUCACCCGCAAGCUAGAAGAGGUAGGGCGGGUGUUGUUCCUCAUAUCACUGACACAGAAAAUCCCUACUGCCCACAAGCAGUCCCACGUAUCUAUGCUUCAGGAAGACCUCCUCCGAUUGCCUUCCUUCCCCCGAAGUGCCAUUGAUGCCGAGUUCUCACUCUUUAGUGACCCCCAAGCUGGGAAAGAGCUCUUUGGUCUUGACACUCUUCAGAAAAGCCUGUGGAUUAAGCUGCUGGAGGAGAUGUUCCUUGGCAUGCCCAGCGAGUUCCCCUGGGGAGAUGAGAUCAUGCUGUUCUUGAAUGUCUUCAACGGUGCCCUGAUCCUGCACCCAGAGGACAGUGCCUUGUUGAGGCAGUAUGCUGCCACAGUCAUAAACACAGCUGUGCACUUUAACCACCUCUUCUCCCUCAGUGGAUACCAGUGGGUCCUCCCCAGCAUGUUGCAGGUAUAUGCCGACUAUGAAAGCAACCCACAGUUACGCCAGGCAAUUGAGUUCGCGUGCCGCCAGUUCUACAUUCUGCAUCGCAAGCCCUUUAUUCUGCAGCUGUUUGCAAGUGUGGCUCCUCUCCUGGAGUUCCCUGACGCUACAAACAAUGGAUCCAACAAAGGAGUGUCAGCUCAGUGCCUUUUUGACCUGCUGCAGUCUCUAGAGGGAGAUACUCCAGACAUUUUGGACAUCUUAGAGCUGGUGAAAGCAGAAAAGCCCCUCAAAUCAUUAGACUUCUGCUACGGGAAUGAAGACCUGACCUUUUCGAUUAGUGAAGCCAUCAAGUUAUGUGUGACAGUAGUAGCCUAUGCUCCUGAGUCAUUCAGAAGCCUCCAGAUGCUGAUGGUCUUAGAAGCACUAGUUCCCUGUUACUUGCAGAAACUGAAGCGACAGACUUCUCAAGUGGAGACUGUGACAGCAGCUCGUGAGGAGACUGCUGCUAUGGCUGCACUUGCCACCUCUUUGCAGGCUCUCCUGUACAGUGUAGAAGUUCUCACCAGGCCUAUGACAGCCCCACAGAUGAGCAGGUGUGACCAAGGCCAUAAAGGGACCACAACAGCUAACCACACCAUGUCAGCAGGUGUGAACACCAGGUACCCAGAACAGGGAGCCAAACUGCACUUUAUCAGGGAAAACCUUCACCUGCUGGAGGAAGGCCAGGGUCUUCCCCGAGAGGAGCUGGAUGAGCGAAUUGCCAGAGAGGAGUUCAGGAGACCACGGGAGUCGUUGCUGAAUAUCUGCACGGAGUUUUACAAGCACUGUGGCCCAAGGCUGAAGAUUUUGCAGAACCUGGCUGGAGAGCCCAGGGUGACUUCUCUGGAGCUACUGGAUGUGAAGUCCCACAUGAGGUUGGCAGAAAUCGCGCAUUCCCUUCUGAAAUUGGCACCUUAUGACACGCAGACAAUGGAGAGCCGAGGUCUCCGGCGCUACAUCAUGGAGAUGCUGCCCAUCACUGACUGGACAGCUGAGGCGGUGAGACCUGCCCUUAUCCUCAUCUUAAAGAGAUUGGAUCGUAUGUUCAAUAAAAUUCACAAGAUGCCUACUUUGAGGCGCCAGGUUGAGUGGGAGCCUGCCAGCAAUUUGAUUGAAGGGGUUUGUUUGACUCUUCAGAGGCAGCCAAUCAUAUCCUUCCUGCCUCACCUUAGGUCUCUGAUCAAUGUGUGUGUCAAUCUGGUGAUGGGAGUGGUAGGACCCUCCAGUGUGGCUGACGGAUUACCCCUUCUUCAUCUCAGCCCUUAUCUCUCGCCACCUCUGCCCUUCAGCACAGCUGUUGUCCGGCUUGUAGCAUUGCAGAUACAGGCUUUGAAAGAAGAUUUCCCCCUAAGCCAUGUCGUCUCCCCAUUCACCAAUCAGGAAAGAAGGGAAGGAAUGCUUUUAAACCUACUGAUUCCAUUUGUGCUCACAGUAGGAUCUGGAAGCAAAGACAGCCCCUGGCUGGAGCAGCCUGAGGUCCUGCUGCUGCUCCAGACUGUUAUCAAUAUCCUCCUGCCACCUCGCAUCAUCAGCACUUCCCGCAGCAAGAACUUUAUGCUCGAGAGCUCCCCUGCCCAUUGCUCCACCCCAGGGGAUGCGGGGAAGGACCUGCGGCGGGAAGGGCUUGCAGAGUCCACCAGCCAGGCUGCCUACCUGGCCCUGAAGGUGAUCCUUGUUUGCUUUGAACGCCAGCUGGACAGCCAGUGGUACUGGCUGAGUCUGCAAGUCAAAGAGAUGGCACUGCGGAAGGUGGGAGGGCUAGCCCUGUGGGAUUUCCUCGACUUUAUCGUGCGAACACGGAUCCCUAUCUUUGUGCUCCUUCGACCCUUCAUCCAGUGCAAGCUGCUGGCCCAGCCGGCGGAGAACCACGAGGAGCUGACUGCCAGACAGCACAUUGCCGACCAGCUGGAGAGACGGUUCAUCCCACGCCCUCUCUGCAAGAGCUCCCUCAUUGCAGAAUUCAAUAACGAGCUGAAGAUCUUGAAGGAGGCAGUGCACAGUGGGUCUGCUUACCAAGGGAAGACAUCUGUCAGCACUGUGGGCACCUCCACGUCUGCUUACCGCCUGAGCCUUGCUACCAUGUCCCGCUCCAACACAGGCACUGGCACAGUCUGGGAGCAGGACAGCGAGCCUUCCCAGCAGGCCUCGCAGGACACGCUGAGCCGCACAGAUGAGGAGGAUGAAGAAAAUGACUCCUUGAGCAUGCCCAGUGUGGUAAGUGAACAAGAAGCAUACCUUAUGGGUGCCAUUGGGAGGAGGCGGUUCUCCAGCCAUCUCUCCAGCGUGUCUGCACCUCAGGCUGAGGUGGGCAUGUUACCCAGCCAAAGGGUGGCAAGCGUGCAGAGCGAGCCAGGCCAGCAAAACCUUCUUCUGCAGCAACCCCUGGGGAGGAAGAGAGGCCUGCGACAGCUUCGAAGACCACUUCUGUCACGUCAGAAAACUCAGACUGAACCUCGUAGCCGUCACGGAGCUCGACUUUCGACCACGCGGCGGAGCAUCCAGCCAAAACCAAAGCCUACUGUGGAGCAGAAGCGGUCAGUGACUUUCACUGAAACCCAGGCUGAGGCAACAACAGCCUCCGCAGCCAACCCCUCAGCUGCAGUAGCCCAGCAGCAGGGCUGCAGCCCAAGCAGCCCCCCGGGGACCAGCAAGCAGGAAGCUCUGAGUAAACCUGUGCUGACUUCCUCGCCUGCCAUUGUUGUAGCUGAUCUCCAUAGCCAGACUGCUGGCCAGAGCGAGGCACUUCCUACUGAGGAGGAGAAGGAAAAAGAGGAGGGCUUGGAGUCCCGGCCAGCAACGGCACAGAGCACCCCACCCGCACAGGUCUCCGACACCGAGGACUAUGCUGGCCUUGAGACCACCAGCUUGCUGCAGCACGGGGACACUGUCCUUCACAUCAGCGAGGACAAUGGGAUGGAGAACCCUUUGCUGGCCAGUCACUUCAGCUUCGCACAUGUGGAGCUUGGGGAGACUGACGUCGAUCUAGAUGAAUCUCAUGUUUAAGUCUGGGGGAAGUGCAGUAGUGGGAGGAGGAAGAGAAAUUGUACCUUCUCCUUUGAGUCCCCUGGUAACUGAUAAAAACAAGAGCACUUUAUUAUCCAACAGCCGAAUAUCGCUAACAGCCUGUUUGCUAUAGAUUGGCAAAUUUCUGUUUGUCAAAUCUGUUUCAGUUCAAGGUGAGACCACAGGAACAGAGGAGAAUUUUUUACAAAAUUCUUAGGGUUGGGGUGUGUGUGCAAAUAUGUGGUCCGUAAAACCUUGAUCUGGCAAUCUGGCAUGUACUGUGAUCAUGAUCAGCAGCUUCUCUGGGUACUGUGUGAGGCUGUUGUACUGUGUGAGGCAGAAAAGGAAAACUUCUUUGAGGUUGUGCCCCGGGUUUAUUGUAGUUUUUGGGAGCAGGGCUAUAUCCAAGGCUCUUAAAACUUAGUACUGACAGUCAAAAGCUUGAUUUUUUUCACCCUGGGACUAUUGUUUCUAACCAGGGAGCGAGUAGAUUUUUUUUUUUGUUGUUUUUGAACUGCAGACUUUAGUUGAGUUUACUUUUGUCUGUUGGUUUCAUUCCACUCUGUAAGAUAUUACCCUUGUGUUACAAAAAUAUUUGCUCUGUAAAACUAAAUACAGUACAUACCGUAGGAAGGAAUGCACGUGCUGUGCACAGAUAUAGAUGGGCAGGGGGCGAAUGGUCUGCAGAUGGUAUAAAUAGUCCUAGCUGUCCUGCUUAGAGGUACUGAGUAAUUCAUCUCUACUGUUUAAAAAAAAAAACAAGAAACCCCAUCAGGAAUGCGUGGACCUAAUGGUACCUAGCAACUGCUCCAUUGAUGCUGUCUCAUGUACUUAGAUAUAGGGAUUUAAAGUAAAUAUUUAUAUAUGGUAUUUUCAUGUUCCCAUCUAUACAUAUAUACAUAUAUACAUAGAUAUAUAUAUACACACAUAUAUAUCUACAUUGUAAACAAAAAAUGGGUAUUGCAGGGCAGAAACUUGAUGAAAGAAUCUAUUUUUGGCAUGUUGAGAUUGUAUGUAAAAAGGUUCCAUUUUACCUCUGUAGUGUUCAUAGCUGCAAGUAUUAGAUACAUACAUGUAACAUUUAUAGGUAGGUGGUGAGGCCCCUGGAAAAUCGGCUGAUGUCAUGGCUGAGUUGUGGUUUAUGCUGCAGCAUCAUGGAGUUAAACUGAAAUGUGAAUUUAGCCAUUAGCUACUAUGGGCAAACUGCAGAACAGCUGUGAAAUAAGCCAUGAAAUCGUAAGCAGUGCACAAAGUAAGUGUGCUUUGGGAUUCGUAUACUGGAUUUUUCAGCUCCCGUUAGAAGAACAAGAUACUGCAGUUUGUAUUCAUGGCAUUACUGUGCAGAGGAAAAUCUUUAGGUCGUCCUAAGAGUUUCUAAAAUGUGCUAAUUAGCAGUUGGGAAUUUUUUUGACCGUGGGGGUUGGUGAUGUGAACAUACGUGUCAUAAAACAGCAUUACUGAAGAGACAGAAUAGUAUCCUCUCCAUCUCCCUGAAAAGGACUCGCAGAUCUCUUCAACAACUCAGAAAUAGCUGUUUAAAAUACUGCCAUAAAAAAGACAGUCUCGCUGCUGUGGCACAGCAUGCAGGUUUGGAAAAUUACUGUAUAUCUGACUGAGGGCUUCAGGCUUUUCAAAUCCAUGGAGCGUUCACGCUGUGCUGCCAUGUAUUUGUCAAAUGGUGUGUACAGCUCCCAUCAAAUGUGAGCAAUGUGAGCAGAGAACUCAUACACGCUGAACACCUGAAGAUAACAAAAGCUGUUCUCCCAGGCUUGUGCAGCGUCCGGCUCACAGGUUUUGUGCACGCUCUGCUUCCAUUGUGUUGGUGAGAGAUGGAGACUCUCAGCACCUCUUGGAAAAAGCGGGGCUAGAGAGGCAAAAAUAUGUGUGCGUGUUUGUAUACACACACACACCCAUAUAUAUAUACAUAUAUAUAUAUAUAUAUGUAUAGGUGGAACACUGGUGUAACUUUAAAGCGCACAUGGUUUUGUAGAGGAGGUGACUGGGUGAAGAUGGCAAUGUCUCAGCGGUGUUCUGAAUGACAAACUGCUUGCUCUGCUGACCAAAAAUAUGCUGUACUGCUUCUUAUUUUCUCAGCACGCCGGAGCCAGCACCAGCUGCCUAUAGGAGACUGCUUUGGAUUAAUCUCCUAGCUUGGAGGUCACUCAAAGAAUUGCUAAAUUCCAGAUGCUCAGUUUUAUUAUUAACAGUGACGCACAAAUGAGAGAGAACACAGCUUCACUUUCAAAUCCCAGGUAGGCUGGGUUACUGGCAGCCGGGUGGGGAAGGAGGAGAGUUGUAGGUGCAAGCUGGGUAAAGAGCUGAGACGCAACACACACAGAAUUCAUGGUGCGUUUUAUGGAGUGACCUUCUCUGCUCAUCGUGAGGAGGAGGAAUUCACCUUAAUGCCAAGUAGAUGGCCCGCCACGGUGUUCCACUCUAAUGAAGAGAAAAUAACUGUGAUUCACUACAUUGAAUUCAGUGUACGUAAUAAAUGUUUCCAUUAAGGUUUCCCACUGUCACAGGUGAAUCCGCAGUAGUAAGCCAUAGCAAUGACGAAAAAUGCCUCUCUUUGAAGUGAAUUGUGCUAAAAAAAUCAAUGCAGCUUAUAAAUGAUGUAAUCUAUAAUGUAGUUUUAUUAUUCAGGUGGCCCAGUGGAUGGCUUUAAUUAUGCUAGAUGGUGGCUAAGAGAUUGAACAGACAGGCAGACCGGUCAGUCUGUUUUCUUGUCUCUUUUAUUUUCAUAUUGGUUGCACUUAAGACUGUACUAAUGAGGUGCGUACACAUGUACCUCAGCUGGUUUUGCGCUUUCUUCCAGUAUCUGUAUAACAAAACUGGUAUAUUCCUGGCGUGCAAAGAAAUGCUGCUGCUUAAUGAGUGUUAGAGGCCUUAAGUGCAUGUCGUGUUCAACAAAUGUCCGCGCUGUACGAGUCUCGUCAUCGCUGCGGUCGGUCCCGCUGCCUCGGCACUUUAUGCUAAUGCCCGUACUGUCCCGAGGACCAAAUACAGAGGAGUGUGACAGCAGAAGGACCCAGUGCUGUGUUCAAGCCUGUCGCGCGCCGCCGUAGCGGUCUCCCUCUGUAAAGGGCUUCGGUAUCCUGCUGUUUGAGGCUGUUUCG